GGUGCCUGGAGUACUCGAAGGGAGCGUGCGAGUGACGAGUUCCUUUCGGUGUUGUUUGAUUCUGCGAGCGCGCCUUUUGAUGGAGAGCAACUCGCAUAACUGGCACGUGUUCAGAUUUUUCAGCACAUCCGACAGAGACGUGAGGACUACAGACCCAAAGAGGGAAUAGUAGAACAACAGCGCAGUCAAGGAGAAAAGGAGACUGCUGUGUUUAAUGUAGAUACUAUGGAACAAGUGGUGGCCGCGAUCAAGAAAGAGGAUUGUGAAGAGGAGUCUCUCCCUGUUUCACAGCAGCCCCUAAGCGUUAAGCAAGAAGCUUUUGAAGAUGGGGAUGCUAAUUUAAUAAGCAAGGAUUUUGAAGACAGAACUGUCAGCUGCAAAGUGGAGGAUUUUGAACUGGUGCCCAAGAGCUUUGAAAGUGUAAGUCAUGAAGCUGUACGUACCCUCAAGGAAGACUGCCAUACACACCGGUCAUUCCCAGUAGACCAAUGUGCUGAAGUGAAAAAGGAGAUGAGUGAGUCAGAGUCCAUUCAGAUGGGAGAGUGGUCUCCUCAUGUGCAGUUUGUCCACAUAACACCUGCAAAAACAGAGUAUGAAGACAAGUUGAUCAGAGGUACACUCAAUGAAACUGAAGCAAAAGAAGAAGACCCGUCAUGUGCUGGACACAGAGAAAUAUCAUCUCAACAUCCUAAAUAUUCAAGGAAACAAAAAUAUGUGUCAGAAACAAAGGAUUUAAACUCUAAAGAAAGUUUUUCAAAUACUGGUUGUGUUACGAAGCAUAAGAAGUGCAGGGGAUCAUCAGAUGGAGCCAGUCUUCAGAGGUGCACAAAGGCUCACACUGAAGAGAAACAAUAUUGCUGUUCUGAAUGUGGCAAACAAUUCUCAUACAUAAGCCGCCUUAAAGUACAUAUGAAGAUUCACACUGGUGAAAAGCCGUACUUUUGUUCUUUGUGUGGGAAACGAUUCUCUCAGAAAAUCAAUCUUCAAAUGCACUGGAGAAUUCACACAGGGGAAAAACCACAUUGCUGUUCUGAGUGCGGCAAAAAAUUCUCAUGCAUAAGCUCUUAUUACAGACACAUAAAAAUCCAUACUGGGGAAAAGCCUCACCUCUGUUUAGAAUGUGGCAAACGAUUCUUGUGUAGAAGCCAUCUUCAGUCACAUAUGAAAAUUCACACUGGAGAAAAGCCACACUGCUGUCUUGAAUGUGGAAAGAAAUUUGCACAUAAAAGCUAUCUUCAGAUGCACAGUAAAAUGCACACUGGAGAAAAGCCACACUGCUGUUCUGAAUGUGGCAAGAGAUUUUUGUCCCGAAGCCAGGUUCAGACACACAUGAGAAUGCACACUGGUGAGAAGCCUCAUUGCUGUUCUGAAUGUGGAAAACGUUAUUCUGGAAUAGGCACUCUUCAGCAUCACAUGUGGGUUCACACUGCAGUGAAGCCCUACUGCUGUUCAGAAUGUGGCAAAAAAUUCUCAGCCAUGAGCAGUGUUCGGGUGCAUAUGAAAAUUCACACCGGUGAGAAGCCUCAUUCCUGUUCCGAAUGUGGUAAGCAAUUCUCGAGUAGAAGCAAUUACAAGACGCAUCUGAAAAUUCACACUGGUGAGAAGGCUCAUUGCUGUUCUGAAUGUGGCAAACAAUUCACAAAGAAAUACAAUCUUGAUAGGCAUAGGAAGGUCCACAAUGAAGAUACAGACCCAUCUUGAUAUCCCACCAGUCCCCAUAACCGCAUGUGAAUUAUAAACUGAAGCUUUACUUGGAACCAUGAAGAUAUGACAUCAAACCCUUGGUGCAAAGAAAGACAUUUACAGAAGUAUAAUAUUAUGUCAGUAACCAAAGAGUGAGGUACCCUCCUGUUUUAAUAAUAUGCACAAAAAAUAAUUUUGUGAAAUGAAUCCCCAAACAUCAUGAUUGAUGUUUAUGGUUGAUUUUUUGCAUUUUCCUAGACUUAUUCUGGGUUUCCUUGAUAUGCAAAUAUAAUUUUAUUUAUUUAUUUUUUGGGCUAUC